CUUCAGCAAGGAUUUUAGUAUACAUUACCAUCUUCUUCAUGACCUAAGUUCUACACCCACCAUUUCAAGAACACGUCAAUGGAGGUUUAUCCCAUGCUUCUGUUAUUCUCCAGCACCAUAUUCUUUUUCUUGUCAAGUUCUGCUGCAGUAGAUACAAUAUCUGCAAAUCAACCAAUCAAAGAUGGCAAGACUAUUGUUUCAGAUGGCAAGAUGUAUGAACUGGGGUUUUUUAGCCCUGGAAAGUCUACGAAUCGAUACCUGGGGAUAUGGUACAAAAAGAUAUCAACGGGUACAGUUGUGUGGGUCGCUAACAGGGAGACUCCAAUUAGCGAUACAUCUGGCGGUUUUGAAGUUGAUAGACAAGGAAACCUGCUGAUUCGCAGUGGAAGUAAUACGGUGAUCUGGUCAUCAAAUACGCCAGCAUCUGUCAGGAAUGCUAGUCCUGUGGCACAACUUCUAGACAGUGGAAAUCUUGUCGUGUGGGAUGAAAGUAGCACUAAAGAAAACCCCAUCUGGCAAAGCUUUGACUAUCCUGGUAACACGUUGCUACCAGGAAUGAAACUAGGGAAGGAUUUAGUAAAAGAAAGAGAGUGGUCUAUAACCACCUGGAAGAGCCCUGAUGAUCCUUCUAUAGGUCUGUAUAAACUCAGGUUAGACGCAAAUGGAUAUCCGCAGGUAUUUGUGGGAGAAGGUCAAGUUGAUAACUUUAGGCUUGCACCAUGGAAUGGUGUUGGGUUUCGGGGCAUUCCUGUUGAAAACACGAAUCCAAUUUACUCCGUAGAGUUUGUUGUCAACCAGAAGGAAAUAUAUUAUAGAUAUGAACUAAUAGGUUCAGUUUUUCAAAGGAUAAUUGUGAUGUCGGAUGGCAUCCUACUGCAUAUGAGUUGGAUCAAUCGAACCCAACAAUGGGUCGUGUAUGGAAGUAUAGCUGUUGAUAGCUGCAGUCAGUAUGGACGUUGUGGUCCUUAUGGGAGCUGCUUCAUCAAAACCUAUCCCCCUUGCAGUUGUAUGGAAGGUUUUGAAGUAAAAGACCCUGAAGAAUGGAAUGUCGGAGAUUGGUCAAGUGGGUGUCAACGUGAAACGCCAUUGGAUUCUGGGAGUAGUACUGCAGGGGAUGACUUCCAGAAAGUUUCAGGUAUGAAGUUCCCAGACACAAGACGUUCAUGGUUCAACGUGAGCAUGUCCCUUGGAGAAUGUGAGAUGGCAUGCAGAAGUAAUUGCUCUUGUACAGCUUAUGCAAAUUUAGAUAUCAGAAACGGGGGAAGUGGAUGUUUGCUAUGGUUUGAUGAGUUAAUGGACAUGGGAGAGCACGAUGAUCCUCAAGAACUUUACAUACGAUUGGCAACCUCUAAGUUAGCAGGUCAAUCCAGCUUCGACCAGAAGAAUGGAGUAUUGACUAUUGUGCUGUGUGUUUCGUCAGCUGCACUCCUAUUGUGUGCAGUAGUAUAUGUCUACAGAAAGAAAAAGAAAAUGCCUCACAAGCAACGGCGAGAAAAUGCACAUAUCCUUAAUUAUGAGGAUGAUACCGGUUUUCAGAUGGAAAACCUUGAUGAGUUACCAUUUUUUAGCCGGCAUAAAAUAGCAAAGGCUACCAAUAACUUCAGCAGUGAUUAUAAUUUAUAAGAUUGGAGAAGGUGGUUUUGGUCCAGUUUACAAGGGUGUGUUGGAAGACGGACAAAUAAUAGCUGUAAAGCGGCUAUCAGAAACAUCCGAACAAGGGCUUGAUGAGUUCAGGAACGAAGUCAUUUGUAUUGCCAAACUACAACAUCGGAAUCUUGUGAAGCUCCUUGGAUAUUGCAUUCAUGGAAAUGAAAAGUUUUUGAUUUAUGAAUAUAUGGAUAAUAAAAGCUUGGACUCCUACUUGUCUGAUGAAACCAGAAGUUCAAUGCUUGACUGGCGUCAACGCUUUGGCAUUAUCCGUGGUAUUGCUCGAGGUAUUCUUUAUCUACAUCAGGAUUCUUGCCUUCAAAUCAUCCAUAGAGAUAUCAAGGCAGGCAAUGUCUUGUUAGAUAGUGAAAUGAAUCCAAAAAUAUCUGAUUUUGGGCUUGCUCGAAAGUUUGUUGGACAAGAUACCAUGGCUAAGACAAUGAAGGUGGUCGGAACAUAUGGUUACAUUUCUCCCGAGUAUGCAGUCCAUGGGAGAUUCUCUACAAAGUCAGAUGUAUUUAGCUUUGGAGUUCUAGUGUUGGAGAUUGUGAGUGGAAAGAAAAAUAGAGGGUUCUCUCAUGAAGGUCAAAGUGACAAUCUUCUUGGGCAUGCAUGGAGACUCUAUAUAAGAGGACAAGUCUAUUGAACUCGUGAAUGCAUCUAUAUGCAAAUCAUGUGUCGCCUCUGAAGUACUACGGUCAAUACAUGUUGCAUUAUUAUGCGUGCAACAUCAUGCAGAAGAUAGACCAACUAUGUUGUCAGUGGUUUUGAUGCUAACUAGUGAUUGUGUAUUGCCUCCACCUAAAGAACCCGCUUUUUGGAGUGAAGAAAAUUGCCAUCAACUUGGCUUUGUUUCAUCGAUGGAUGAAUACAUGCUAACACUAUUGUAUGCUACAUAGAAAGAAAACAUGUGUGUAUGCCAUAUUUACAAAUACCCGAUGUCCACAAAUCUACCCAUCUUCACCUUUUCUUUUUAUUUUUCCGUUAAAUAUAUCUUCAUCAUAUGUUUUGUAUGUAUCAUAUAAUAGUGUUGGCAUUAUGUUAUAACCGCAAUCACACUUUAAAGAAAAAUCUGGAUCUACCUAUCAUAA